AUGACAGUGUUGAUUACUAGCAUAGUGCCUAUUAAGUUGUUGGUUACUCUAUUCUUGUAUUUCCUUGGAAGCCAAUCCUUCAAAGCAUUGGUGAUUACUGAUUGGUGUUGUCAUGAAAGCAUACUUGGUUAUGGGAUUGACCAAGGUUACAAAGAAUUAAUUAACUCUGCGGCUCACAACCAUAUAAGAGCAAAGGAUACAAGGAAGAACAUGGUUCAAUUGAGGCAUAAGUGUAGAACUAAUUUAUUGGUUGAAGUUAAUAGUCAUCUCACUGCAGCACAAAAGGCUCGAAUUCAGUCCACCCCAUUUAGAUGGACCAUCCAAAUGGGAGAAACAUUAGAACUAUCUUGCCCUUUGCUACUUGAAUUGUUGUAUCGGUGGGAUGAGCACCUCAAAGGUUUUAGAGUAGGAAGUCGUCUGGUUAAAUUUACUCUUCUACAUGUAUAUUUUGCUCUGGGGUUGCGUAUAGUUGGUGAACGAGUAUUGAUGCAUGACCCAGAAGAAAGUCAUACAAGAUCCUUGUUUGAAGGAAAAGAUAUAACCAUCCCCACCAUAGUUGAACAACUAAAACUGUUUCAGCGUGAUGAACAAGUUGAUGAUUUUUGUAGGCUAUAUUUAUUUCUUGCCUUUUCUGUAUUCUAUUUCCCAAAGACAACAUCCCCUGUGAAUGGUGCUUUGUUAAGUAUGUUAGAUAACCUAGAUGCUCUUGACCAGUACAAUUGGGGUGCUGCUAUAUAUGAUUCCUUAUCUGCCAGCUUAACUCGAUCAGCAAGGUCUGUUAGUGAGGGUAUGAAUUCUGACCAAGUUACUAUUAUAGGUUGCGCAGCUGUGUUACAGAUAUGGGCGUUGGUGCAUGUGUGUCUACGGAAAAAAGAUCAGCAACCAACAAGCGUUUCAUUUCCACGCUUUUUACAGUGGCAAAAACUUAAUAUGGGGAGCACAACUAUUGCAACAGCUUUUGAAAAGAAUCCUGUUCUUGAAGACUUGGUUUGCUCUAAAGAGGAGAUUGAUCAGCAUGAGGUCCUCAGGCAAGCGAUGACUGAAGCAAUUGAGGGUUUUUGUCAUUGGAAAUGUCUCACUAGUGACAAUGAGGAUAUGGACAGUAAACAUGAGCGACUGAGUGGACAGUUUAACGAACUUGAACAUAAGGUAUUGAUACUUCAGCAAGAGGUGGACAUAAUCAAAAAGUUCAUAGGUUUGCAAUCAACGCCUACUCCCACUAAAGAUGAAGGACAUGACAUGGAGCCUGUAUACCCCAGUGAAGGUCAUGAGGAUGGGCCUACAUGCCCCGAUGAAGUUCAUGAGGAUGAGCCUGCAUGCCAUGAUGGGUCACCUCAACCAUUAAGACCGAAUCCUCCUCCAUGUACAAAAGAGAAACUUUUGAAGAAAUUGUAUAGCUUUUGUACUCGUAAGAAAACUAGUGAUGGUGGAAGAUCAGAGAUCAUUGUUGAUAUGUUUGGUCAGUACCUUAGCCUUCAAGACAUGCUGUGCAUGAGACCAAGACAUUGCGUCAACACUAUGAUCUUCUUACUAGCAGCCAAGGUCUUCAUGCGUGAUGAAGUAGAACACACGGAGCUGUUACCCGAUAAGGUGAAAAAUGAGUUGGGUUUUAUUCGAUCUGGAUUACGUCCAAUUUGGAGUAAGAGAACCAUUACAGAAGUUGCUCAUGAUAAUAAUGCAAUGCAUAGUCUGAUGCAUUGUAAUUUGAUAUUUGCACCUGCAUUAUUUGAGGGCCAUUGGUUCUGCUACGUGGUGGACAAGAAUCACAAGGUUUUAUAUGUGUUAGAUUCACUUGGAAAACACCAUGACUCAAGUGCUGAUUUGAUGUUGCUCACUAAUUCAUUGAAGGGUCGAUUUGAGGAGUUGUUGUGCAUGCUGGACAAUACGUUGGAUAAACGUAACUUCACUUUGCAAAUUUUAUAUGAUGACUUGCAUCAGCAGCACAAUGGACAUGAUUGCGGUAUCUAUGUAUUAAAAUACAUGGAUAUUUGGGACUGUGUCCCGAGAUGGGGUGGUAUGACAAUGCCAAAUUACUCUGAGUCAUCGGACCAAAGUGUUGGAAGAUGCACAUCUUCCAUUAGAUUUAUAAAGACAGAUAAUUCAACAGGAUACAAGGAUAAAUAUGGACCUUGUGCUUUAUGGUUAGUCAUGUGUAUGCAAGUGGUUAGUUCAGUGCAGUAUUUGGCCAAUUUAACAGGAACAUGCUACUUUCGAUAUUUUGAAUCAAAAUGGCAUGUAAAUAAUACUUCUAAUGAACUUUUCAACUGA